AUCAUUAACUAUUUAAAUGCACGAGUUUGAUUUAUUCGCGUAAUUCGCUAACAAUCAACUUUCUGUGAACGUUGCAAUUAACUAGCAUCCUUAACUGGUGUUCACAUAUCUGUCAUAACCACCAUGAAGGAAGAGACUAAAAAUAAUAUAUAUGGAUGUAUUGCGGUUGUUGGUGCAAUUUUGAUACACUUUACUUUCGGAUACUUUUACACUGUUGCCAAUAUGGUUCCUUAUAUUAUGGGUUAUAUGCAGACAUUAGUAGACACCAGUCUUACCAGUCAAGCUUCUAUUUGGUUGUCAGCCGUUGCGCUGGGAGUCCAGGGAAUUUCUAUGCCGAUUGGCGGGAUUAUAGCUAACAAGUUGGGAUUUAGAUUGGUUGUUGCAUUGAGUUGUAUUACAACAAGUGGUGGUGUCAUACUGACCUACUUUACUAUCCAGAAGUCUUAUAUCGGAGUGGUAAUAACCUACUCAGUCUUAUUGGGAAGUGGCUUGGGACUUGGUUACUCAGUAGUAUUGGCAGCUGCAUCCUCGUGGUUUCCAAAACGCCGAGGACUUAUUGUUGGACUGGUUGUUGGGGGAUUCGGUCUUGGAGCACUAGUUUUCACUCCAAUUCAGACGGCAUUAAUAAAUCCAAAUAACGUGCAAGUGGACAGUGUUACCAGAAAAUUUAACGAUCCGGAUGUGCUAGAUCGUCUGCCACCAGCGUUUCUUAUACUUGGUGGCAUUUUGCUGACAAUCCAAGUCGUUGGCUUUGGACUGCUGCGUCCAAAACCAAAGCCAAAACGUGCCACGAAUUCUAAUCCAUGUAAAGAAGGAGAUAAUCCAGGUACCAAUCCCAAACGGGAAAAACCAUCAGAUGAAGAACAUCAGUCAGCAAAGAAUAAUGAGAUUAAUAUCAGUCCAAGACAAGUCUUUCGUUAUAUCGACUUCUAUCUCUUAUGGUUGAUAAUGUUCUGUGAUAUAAUUCCAGUUACCAUAAUUACCUCAGCUUACAAGCUUUUUGGUCAAAAAUAUAUUAGUGAUGAUAGAUUCCUGUCAGGUGUGGCUACUGCGUCCGCACUUUUUAACGCUGCAGGACGUGUGAUGUGGGGAGCAAUUGUUGAUCGCGUUUCCUUCAAGAUACCUAUGUGUACAAUGCUGCUGUUAUGGUCUUUCAUUUUGAUAACGUUCCCGCAUAUAUGUUUGUUCACUGGCACAACACUGAAAGUUUUUUAUACUAUAUGGGUAUUACUUCUAUUUCUAUCUCUAAGUGGCACAUUUGUUAUUCAACCAGCAGCAACUGGCGCUCUAUUUGGUCCUGUUCAUAUGGCUGUUAAUUAUGGUUUAAUAUUUACUGCAUUUGCAUUUGGAAGUUUGUUAUGCGCAUUGGUGACAACAUUUGUGAGUUCGAAAAAUGCAUACCUUGUUCAGUUCACUGCAUGUGGCCUGAUAUGUCUGUUUGCAUUCUGCCUUGCAUUAUGGAUUAAUGACCGAAAGAUGCCAAAGCGCGUUAACUUUUGUCAAUUCUGCACAAAUGCUUGUUCAAGUCUAAGAAUUCCUGAAAUGGUGCCAGCUUCUGCUGAGGAGUUGGAAAAAUUGAAUCGACCUAACGAAAAGUCUUCAGUGAAAUGUGAAGAGGCUUAAGAGAGAAAAUUUAACCUUAAUGGUUUUCAAAUUAUGGUCCCUACCUGACAAUCUUUUUAAUUUUGUUGUUUUAUAACUUCACAAUUUGGAAAUAACUUUGUGUGUUGUGGAAGCUUCACCAUCGUUAGGCCUAAUUGGCACUACAUGACAUUAAAUUCAAAGGAGAAUUCUUCUAAUAUAACCACUGGUCUUCGCUCUUCCUUUUUCUUGAUCUCUGAUACUUACUGUUUGAUACUAAUUUUCAACUUGUUUCACAUCUUUUAUUGUUUGUUUAUUUUAGCGACUAUUUUGUACAUUUCUGUCAGGAUGGUUAAAAUUCAUUUGCAUUGGAUCAUCUACAGGCUGUUUUACCCAGAUGCUAAACAGGGAAUAUUUUCUAUCCUGAUUGUUUAUUUUAUUACUGUGUAAUUGUAAAGAUAUUUAAGUUUGAUGUACAAGAAGUCCGGUUCCAACAAAAAGUGAUAAUCAUAGCACCUGACAUAAUUAUGUAAAUACCCAACAAAUCAAAAGAGCAGCUAUUAGUUUCAGGGGUUGGAAGUUUAUUUUGCACACUCGAUUCAACAUUUUGUAGAACUAAAGACACUGAAAUGCAAAUACAGCUUCUGGUCCCAAUGAGGUUCCAAAGCGCAAUUUGAAUUUCACUCUCCACCAACAUUACAUGUAUACAGGUUGUUGUUUGGGUUAGCUUUAUAACUGGUCUUCUAUGAUUGUGUGGUUCUUGCUGCCCAUGUUCAAUUGUAUGAAAGUUAUGAAAGUAUACUGGAUGAUCUACAGUGUGUUUGUGAGUGUCAGUCACACACCACUGAAGUUUAUUCUUUCACUUUCUGUAUGUGUGCUAUGCCUUAAAUUACUAUUGAUAAAGUAUUUUAAAAAGCAUGAAUUACUGCUUGAAUUCGGCAAAUAUUUAGGUUUUGAAGACAAAACAAAAUAUAGUAAAUAAAAAGCAUACUCUUAGUAAGAAUAGUGUAAUUGUGCCACGUGAAAGUUUGCAAUCAGGGACAGUGACUUGUUGUUUGGGUAUUCCAAUAGGAGAAAUUCCGUCAAAGCGUUGCAUAUGAUGUUAAUUUUGCAACGAUUGUGAAAUGUGGCACUUUUUAGCAAUCUUGCAUAUAAUGCUUGUAAAAAACCAAUACUGAAGUGUCUCUCACCAAGAAAAAGAAAGGAAUUUAGUCCCAAACUGGUUUUAUAAGAUUGAGUGACGAAGUUGCUGUAUAUAUACAUUUAUUGUUUCUGGCCUGCAAAUCUUCCUUGCUACAGGUUAAUGAAUAAAAAUUCUAAUUUAAAAUGGUAGGCG